AUGGGUAGCACCAAACCAACUAUCAAAAUUGACAUUACAUCCGAUACGAUGUGUCCAUGGUGUUUCGUUGGUAAAAGGCACCUAGAAACUGCCAUGAAAGACUUUGAAUCUACCUUUGAAUUCGAUAUUGAAUGGAAGCCAUUCCUUCUAAAUUCGAAUACACCUGAAGAAGGAAUACCAGUAUUAGAAUAUCUAGCACAACGCUAUGGCCAGCAAGUAGCUGAUGAUGCCCGUAAUGGAACAUCAUCUUUGAUUGCCGCUGGACGUAAAGUGGGCCUUAACUUCGACUCAAAUCGCAAAUUUGUCAACUCGAUUCGGUCUCAUUGCUUAUUAGAUUAUGCUAGAACAGAGAAAAAGCAAAAUCAGUUAGCUGAGCUAUUAUUUCAACGAUAUUUUAUCGACGGUAAUAACAUUAACGAUGUAAAAGUACUUUUAGAUUGUGCAAAAGAAAUUGGUUUAAAGGCGGAAGAGGCUAAAAAGAGUUUGCAAGAUAAAGAAAGGCGAAAGAAAAUAAUCGAAGAAGCAAAAGUGGCAACUCAAAAUCAAAUUCAUGGCGUACCACAUUUCGUAAUAAGUUUAAUUGGCGACCAACAUGGUAAAGCUAUGCCAUUACAUGGAUGUCAGCCCAUUGAGAUGUUUCGACGAGUAUUCACUAGCAUUAAGGGGCGAAUGAUAUAA